GAGUAGUGGCGGCACCCCGCCCCCGCCUGUCUACCCUAGUGGGUUGCAGCAGAAGGGGGCGCGGACAGUCCCGGGAACCCGGGGACCAGGAGCAAUCCCGGAUCCCUUAGCAAACGCUGCUGCUGCCUCUGCCUCCGUCGUCCUCGGAACAGCAGCACAGAAUAAAGAUGUCAGAACUUUUGGAGCCAGAAGGAACCGUAAAUUGGAAGGAAAGAUGCAUGGCCUUGGAAUCCCAACUCAUGAGAUUUAGACUCCAGGCAAGCAAGAUCAGGGAGCUUUUAGCAGAAAAGAUGCAGCAGUUGGAGAGACAAGUUAUUGAUUCAGACCGUCAAGCAGAGAGAGCUUUUCAACAGGUACAGGCUAUGGAGGAGAAAUUAAAAGCAGCUAAUAUUCAAACGAGUGAAGCUGAGACGAGAUUAUAUAAAAAGUGUCAAGAUCUGGAGACUCUACUCCAAGAAAAGGAUGAUGCCAUACAGAACUUGGAACUCCAACUUGAAGAACAGAAACAAAUAAGAAUACAAGAAGCCAAAAUAAUAGAAGAGAAAGCAGCCAAAAUUAAAGAAUGGGUGACAUUCAAGCUACAAGAGCUGGAAUUGGAGAAUCAGAACCUUCGUUUGAUCAACCAAAACCAAACUGAAGAAAUAAGAACAAUACAGGCAAAACUCCAAGAAGUUCAAGGAAAAAAACUAUCCACCACCUCCCCACCAAAGCCUUCAGAAGGCCAACGCCUAAGCAGUUUGACUUUUGGAUGCUUUUUAUCCAGAGCAAAGAGUCCUCAGCAAGUAAUUAAGUCAGAGGAAAUAAGCAAGAUAUCAUCUAAAGAAUCUGAAUUCCCAGAAGAAGAUCAUGUAGAAGAAAUGGACAUUCCAGAAACUUCCCUUGGAAGCCAAAUACAAGAACACAACAAAGACCAGAGAUCUUUGCAGCAAAACUCCAGUGAUUCAGAACAGAAUGAGGUGAUCAAGGCAAGUUAUUCUCCACAAAGUGUAGAUAGUAUCAAAGACACAUCAAAGAAUUCCUGUGUCACAGUAAGUGACUGGAGUUCGGAUGAGGAAGAAGAAAGCAAAGAAAGAUUAAAAUCCAGGUGUGAUUCUACCUUUUCUAGUCACACUUCAGAGGAGAGCACCAGGUACAGCAGAAUGGGAAGUGAGAUGUAUUUGACAGCAUCUGAUGACAGCAGUUCUUUAUUUGAAGAAGAAAGUUUUGGCAGUAAAAGAACCGAGCACAAAAAGUUAUAUUCCUGGCAACAGGAAGCACAAUGGAAAGCUCAGAACAGCACAAGUGGAAAAGGAAAUUGUGAAUCACGGAGUAAAAAAGGGAAAGAUGGCUUUUCAGAGGAACUGAAUAAGAAAUUUCAGUGCCAGAGACUAGACUAUUCAUCUUCAUCUAGUGAACCCAACACCCCAAGUCCUAUUUUAACCCCAGCAUUAGCCCCCAGGAAUCCUAGCCUACUAGCUGCAGAAGGACAGCAGCAUUCAGUGCCUUCCUCAAGUUUGCCCUCCGCAAAGUUAAGGAUACCGAACGUUUUCAGUAUUAGUGUUGCUUUGGCCAAAAGACACUUGAGUCAGCCCCAGUUAAGUUCUGAUCGAAUGUAUGGCAGGAAUAGAAAUGCUAUAAGCAUGAUCCGACCCCUCAAACCUCAGGAAACAGACAUUGAUCUAGUCGAUGGAGACAACACAGAGAUCGUAGAAAAUAUGGACGUUGCUUACGAUGAUGGGGUGUUUUCCUAUGACCCUCUUGAAACACCUUGUUCAGAAGAUUCAGAAAUAUGUGAUUCAGCGUCAAGGAAGACAACUGUAGGCAAACCACCAACUCCUCCACUGCAUCGGUUUCCUUCCUGGGAAAGCAGGAUUUAUGCUGUGGCCAAAUCAGGCAUUCGAAUGUCCGAAGUCUUCAAUACAGAUAAUGUUAAUAAAAAUUCUUUGUUGAUGCCUUCUUAUUCUACAUCAGGACUGUAUACAUCUCUGAUUUACAAAGAUAUGACAACCCCAGUGUAUACAACUUUGAAAGGGAAAGCAACCCAAAUAAGCAACAGCCCAUUCAUAGAGGAGUCAUCAGGAUCUGAGGAGGAAAACAGCUCCAGAUCCAGUUCUCGGACAUCUGAAUCAGAUUCUCGAAAUCGAAGCAGACCAGGGAGUCCUCGAGCCAUGAAACGAGGUGUGUCUUUGUCCUCUGUGACUUCUGAAAGUGAUUAUGCUAUUCCCCCUGAUGCCUAUUCAACGGAUACAGAAUGUUCAGAACCAGAGCAGAAGCUCCCCAAAACAUGUUCCUCUUCCAGUGAUAAUGGAAAAAAUGAGCUCCUGGAAAAAUCUGGCUAUUUGUUAAAAAUGGGUGGUAAAGUAAAAACCUGGAAACGGAGAUGGUUUGUUCUUAAAGGUGGCGAAUUACUUUAUUACAAAUCUCCGAGCGAUGUCAUUAGAAAGCCCCAGGGCCAUAUUGAACUUAGUAUGUCCAGUCAUAUCGUUAGAGGAGAUAAUAAACAAACAGUUCAGUUGACUACUGAGAAACGCACUUAUUACCUGACAGCAGAUUCUCCCAAUAUAUUAGAAGAAUGGAUUAAAGUCUUACAGAACGUCCUUCGAGUACAAGCUGCCAAUCCGCUUUUCCUCCAACCUGAUGGAAAACCAACCGUCAAAGGCUUGCUUACCAAGGUGAAACAUGGCUACUCUAAGAGAGUUUGGUGUACACUCAUAGGAAAAACAUUGUAUUAUUUUCGUAGCCAGGAUGAUAAGUUUCCUUUAGGUCAGAUUAAACUUUGGGAAGCUAAAGUUGAAGAAGUUGACAGAUCUUGUGAUUCUGAUGAAGAUUAUGAAGCUAGUGGUAGAAGUCUAUUAUCUACACAUUAUACCAUUGUUAUCCAUCCCAAAGAACAAGGACCAACCUACCUUCUGAUUGGAUCCAAGCAUGAAAAGGACACUUGGCUUUAUCAUCUAACUGUUGCAGCCGGAAGCACUCAUGUAAAUGUUGGAUCUGAAUUUGAACAGCUGGUUUGUAAACUGCUUAAUAUAGAAGGGGAACCCACUUCUCAGAUAUGGAGACACCCUGCUCUAUGUCAUAGCAAGGAAGGAAUCAGUUCUCCUCUGACAACAUUGCCUUCUGAAGCUCUGCAAACUGAAGCUAUUAAAUUAUUUAAGACAUGUCAGCUCUUUAUAAAUGCUGCAGUUGACUCACCUGCCAUUGAUUACCACAUAUCUUUGGCUCAGAGUGCUUUGCAGAUCUGCCUCACACACCCUGAACUACAGAAUGAAAUUUGUUGUCAACUCAUUAAACAGACAAGACGAAGACAAGUACAGAAUCAACCCGGGCCAUUGCAGGGAUGGCAGCUCUUAGCUCUCUGCGUUGGACUCUUUCUUCCUCAACAUCCAUUCCUUUGGCUCCUCAAGCUUCACCUGAAGAGGAACGCUGAUUCAAAGACAGAAUUUGGAAAAUAUGCUAUUUACUGCCAACGAUGUGUAGAGAGAACACAACAAAAUGGAGAUAGAGAAGCAAGACCCUCAAGAAUGGAAAUUCUUUCGACUCUUCUUCGAAAUCCUUACCAUCAUUCAUUGCCCUUCAGUAUCCCAGUACACUUCAUGAAUGGAAUAUAUCAGGUAGUAGGAUUUGAUACUUCUACCACAGUGGAAGAAUUUUUGAAUACUCUAAACCAAGAGACUGGAAUGAGAAAGCCAGCCCAGUCUGGAUUCGCACUCUUUACAGAUGACCCGUCUGGCAAAGAUUUAGAACACUGUCUUCAAGGAAACAUCAAGAUUUGUGACAUUAUUUCUAAAUGGGAACAGGCUUCCAAAGAACAACAGCCUGGGAAAUGUGAAGGUACAAGAACCGUACGCCUAACUUAUAAAAACAGGCUUUACUUUUCAGUGCAAGUCCGUGGGGAGAGUGAAAGAGAAAAGCUCCUAUUAAUGUAUCAGACAAAUGAUCAAAUAGUAAAUGGACUCUUUCCUCUGAAUAAGGAAUUGGCUGUGGAAAUGGCAGCUCUUUUAGCUCAGGUGGAGAUUGGAGAUUUUGAGAGACCUUUCUCAACUCCAGCAGGGCCAGUGACCUCUCAGUACAAGGCAAAUCAAACACUAAAACAAGUCAUAGAGAAAUUUUAUCCUAAAAGGUAUAGGAAUGGUUGUUCUGAAGAACAAUUAAGACAACUUUGUCAGCGAUUGUCAACUAGAUGGAUGGCUCUCCGUGGACACAGUGCUGCAGACUGUAUACGCAUUUACCUGACGGUAGCCAGAAAGUGGUCAUUCUUUGGUGCAAAGUUGUUUCUUGCAAAACCAGUAACUCCAUCAACACUGGGAAAUACUUUCAUAUGGCUAGCUGUACAUGAAGAUGGAAUUAGCAUCUUGGAAUACAACUCCAUGAAAUUAAUAGUGACAUAUGUGUACAGAAGCCUAAUGACCUUUGGAGGUUACCAAGAUGACUUUAUGGUGGUUAUUAAUAGUGCACAUUCCAAGGACAAGCCAACAGAAAAAUACCUUUUUACCAUGGCAAAGCCUAAGAUUCUGGAAAUAACUCUUUUGGUUGCCAGCUACAUCAACAACUUCUAUCAGCAAAAGGCAGCUCUUCACCACCUCUCAGCUCCUGCAUUACUGUCUGCUCGGAAAGGAGGACCCAAAAACAAGGACAUGGGGAGCCAGCCCUUCCUGUUAAACAACAGACCAACUAAAGGCCCAACUUUACUGUGAAAUUUCAAAAACUGAUGAUACUAUAAAAUAACUGAAAGUCUAGGAAUGUUGCUGGGUAGACUCAUAAGUGCUUGCAUUUCAAGAGCAUUUUUGAAACCCAAAAGAUACGAAAGAUUGUUACUCCUUUUAACAUGGUUAUUUAAAAUAUAAAUGAACACUUAGUUAUGGUAGAACAAAAUAAACACUGUUUACAAACACCUUCCAAAGGUCAAAUUGGGCAGUCCUCCACCAGUACUUAAUUGAGUACGGUCAUAUUUGUGAAAAUCUUAAGAGGUUCCAUAAUCAUCCUUUGUAAUCUGGUCCAGUGUUUACCUACCUUUGUUACUCAGAAGUUAUGAAUUAAGUAAAAAUUCAAAUUACCAUUAAUGAAAGUAUAAUUGGAAAAAUUCACGGAAAUAAUUACAGUGUGGUAAAUUUUUUAAAUGGUACAGUGGAUCUGCUGUGUAUGGUUAAAUAAAAAACUUCCUACAAAGGUUAAAAACUAUACCCUUCACAUCUCCAUUUCACUGUUGUAAAAUUCUAUUGUCCUAAAAUUUUAAAAAAUGAAAGUGAUUCCCAGCUUACCUUGGCUUGAAUUUACUGAAAAACCACCAGCUUUCUUCUCCCUUGAUUCCAUGUGCUUCUCACUGUCCUUAAUUGAAUAGAAUAGUAUUUGAAGAUAUGUAUUCCUUCUUGUUACAUAUAUGGUAUAGCACUUUACCCAAAGGGGAUGCAGUGUCUGUGUCUUCUGAGUUGUUAUUGUUUCAAAGGUUAGUAGCCUUCUGAAUCUUAAAAAUAGACUACAUUAAACUUGACAGAUGCAUUUUUAACAUAGGAUUAUAAAUCAUGGGUGAUUUUUCAAAACUUAAAAAUACUGUCCUUCUGUUAUUACAUUUUUUUAAUGUUAGGGUAAUGUCCUUAUUUCUGAAGGAAGUUGUAAUUGUGUAAAUGACUUGAACACAAAAAAUAGCAGUGAAUUUCCAAUAAGGACUAUUCCCAAGAAUGAUGUAUUUUUGAACAACUUUCAUUAACCAUGAGUAGCCAUUAAAUAUCCAUCCAUUGUGGAGCUAGCUGGAGACCAAACAAAUCUAUGAGUUAAUCCAGGUGGAUACUCCCUUUAAUGAUGAGAAAACUCCACCAUCUAUGCCCACUUAUCAAGUAGGGUUCUUAUCAAUGUUCUGUAAAUCUUCUGAGAAUCUCCUUCAUCUCUUGACAUUCAGUGGAUACCACAUUUCAUGGAUCCCAUGGGCUAUUUAUUUAAACAUUUAAAGAUGAUUUAAAAAAAAAAAACUACUUUUGCUGUUAGGGAAGUAAAGGCUUGGUUUUUAGGAGCAGGAAGCUUAUUAAAUUACUGGAUUAAAUCAGUGGUCAAUGCAUUAUAGAGUUCACAUCAAAAUAAAAUGUUUAAUAUAAGUUCCUGCUAGAAAGUGAAUUAGAAUAGUGACUGGUGUAGGGGAGGGGAAUGAAAUAUAAGCUAAUCACUAGUAACUACUCACAAUUUUAAUUUAUGUGGAGAAUAUUUGUAUUUAUUCUUUUGGACAUAUAUUUAUCACUUUUCACCAGGUAUUUUUAUAUAAAUUAAAAGCAAAUUCCAAAAUUAUUAAGUGCUAAGGUAAGGAGUAAAUAGGAUGCUGAGUAUAGAAUCAGAUCACCUGCUUUUAAAUCAUACCUCUUCCACUUAACUGCUUGUGUAACCUUGAGCAAUGUAUAAGCUUUCUGGGCUUCAGUUUACUCACUUGUAAAAUAAAGAGGCUAGACUGAAUGAUCUUGUGGCUCGAAAUCUAUGAUCAUCCCUAACUAUAAUAAUUUGCUCCUUUUGUCCUUUGCCUUGUUCUAAUUUUUGCUACUCCUUUCUCUUUCUGGUGAUGCACUGAUCUCACUUUAAGCCUUUUUCACAAGCAUUCUACUUGUAGUUAAUAAAACUUUCUAUAAAAACUUAAGAAUGUCUGCUGAUUUCAGAAGAGCCUUUCACUUCUACAUGUGGAAAAAAAGGAAUUGUCAAUAAGUGUAUGCUAUAACUGUAAUACUUUGUUAAAAAAAAAUUCCAUUGACGUUCAUAGCACAAUAUGCCCAGAACAUAGUAAUUGCAUAAGAAAUGCAUUUAGGUUGGUGGAUUGGUGUCCUCCACCAAUACCUAUGACAAUCCUUCCAUGCCUUAGUGGAUGUGUGUCAUGUAUUUCUGUAGCCAAAAAAUCUGAUAGUCCAUCUCGUGGUGGUGAAUGAGCUCCUCUGAUUAUUUAUCCUAUAAAGUAAAAUUUGUUGCCAGGACUACAUUUGAAGUCUCUCUGCCUUGUUUCACAUUCCAGAUUUUAUUCUCUGUGGGCAUAUUAUUCAAGUAUCCAUAUAUCAUCUUCAUCCCAUUAUGGGCAUCAAAGAAAGCUGUGAGUAGAGAAUAGUGAUCAUUUAUUAAUUUGGUAAAGACUCAAAGGCAGGCCAUUUCUUUUGCCACAACAAACAAGAAAGCAAACAAACACAAAUCAUUUCCAUUGAAAAGUUCUUGUGCCCUCCUUCUGACUAUUGCUACUUUACCCGGCUACAUCAGACUUCUAAUCUAAGAUAAAUCUCCCUUUCUACUUUCUUCCGCUCAGUCUUUGGUGGGAGGAUAUAGAUUCUUUGUUUGCUUGCCCAAGACUGGGAUUAAAGCAGAAGCAAAUAACAUAAUCAAAGUUCAUUAGAAAAGGUCCAGUCCUUCACUGUAAUAUUCAUUCUCUUUUAUUACUUGUUAAUCAGAAUUGAUUGCCACCCUCUGGAACACCUAACUUUUCCAAGACCAUAUAAGCCUUGAAUCUGCAACCAUGAAGGUCUUUGGCAUUUGAGAAUGCCAUUGAUCUUUUAUUAAAAUGCUACUAUUAAUAAUAAAAUAACUACCCAGAAAAAAAAGUUCUUGAGCUAAAACAAAGAACUGGUUAAGCAAAUUUACACUAUAAGACUAAACUACCAUGCCUCUGAAUAAGACCAGAGUUUCAGUCCCACCACUCAUACCUCCUGACUUAUAUGAUUCAGAGAAAGUCAUUUAAUCUCUUGAUGUCUGAACACUUUCUAAAACCAUUUGUUGAGCAACAAUUGCUGUUGGAAUUUCCUUGCCAGGAUUUCCCUAUGCCAAUGAAAUCAUAGUACCAGUUUAAAAAAGAAGACUUUUGGUACAAUUGAAGUAACUUUUGUCUAACCCCCAAGUGAAAUCUCCAGAUUACCAGAGCAUUACUUAAUUAUUAUAUAAUAAGCCAAAGGUUUUGACAGAGCUAGUCACGUAAAAUCAUUAUUCUCAGAUAAUUCUUUGCUCACCAUAGAAUAAAACCCAAUAAGCUUUUUAGUUUAAAUGCAAAACUAUGAUAGCUAUGUCUAUAAAUCCCUAUAAUUGGCAUUUAUUUUUUAUAAUUUUUAAAGACAUUGUGACAGAAAUUAACUUUUGUAACUGAUGAUGUUGAAAAACUGAUUUUAUUUUCUAAAAAAUGACAACUUUUAUACAGAUGUUUUAAAAAUCCAAAGCUUAUUGUUGUGAUCAGUUACCAGAGAACAAUAUUAUAUGUUAAUUUUCAUAUUUGAAUUGUGAUGUCUCCUAUCAUUUUCCUGCCUUUCAAUCAUAAUAAAAGAUUUAUAAAUCCA